AUGAAGUCAUACCUGACCAUCUUCACUCUUGCAGGUGCUGCCAUCGCCCAAGUUUCGGCAUGGGGUCAAUGUGGUGGAAUUGAUUAUACAGGAUCGACCACAUGUGCUUCUGGAUAUUCAUGCGUGUUUGUCAAUGAAUGGUAUUCUCAGUGCCAGCCUAGGGGUAGUGCAACAACAUCUUCGCCGCCUUCAACCACGUCUUCAAUGCCAACUUCGACAGGAAGCUUAGCUGCGGUUCGAUACCUCGGUCGUGUCAACCCCGCUACUAAUGAAUUGACAUGGCCAGGAACUGGAUUGUCGUUUACCUUUACUGGGAGCUCUGCCGUGAUAGAUUUCCAUGAAGUCAAUGGCACCAACAGCGUUGGCUUGAUUAUUGACGGUGGCGAGCCGACAGUCAUCUCGAAUGUCGAUGGUACCUCCAUCUCCACGCCUGCAGGGCUGUCUCAAGGCAGGCAUACCGUUCAACUGCGUAAGCGUUCCGAGGCCCUGUUUGGUACGAUCGUUGUUGGUAAGGUUACAACAGAUGGUCCUUCCAGCGCGGAAAAGACCCCGCCGCGUAAGAUUGAGUUUAUCGGCGAUUCAAUCACUGUUGGGUACGGGUUGGAUGGUACUUUACCAUGCACCAACACCGCUGCUCUUGAAGAUAACCCCAAGACCUACGCUGCAUUGGCAGCUAACGCGCUUGGUGCAGACUACAGUGUUGUGGCUUGGAGUGGCAUAGGUAUAACGCGAAACUACGUGUCCACAGCUCCAGAUCCCAGCCCUAUCAUGCCAGAGCGCUACACUCGCUACGGCGCCAAUGAUGCCGAUAACAGCUACACUUUCCCGUCAGACUGGACGCCGGACGCCGUUGUCAUCAAUCUCGGCACCAACGACUUUGGCUACCUGGCAUACAACGCUUCUGGGCAAGCAUACGACGCCCGUGAACCCUUGAACGCUACCACGUACACAAACGCCAUGGUCAGCUUUGUCCAAAGCAUUCAGAAGCACUAUGCCAACGCUAAAUUCUUCCUAAUGACCUCUCCAAUGCUCAGUGACUCCUUCCCCACGGCAGAGGACGCUCAGCAUACCACAAUGUCCAAGGCACUACAGGCUGCCAUCUCACAAAUUGGAGCAAAUGCCCACCUUGUUGACUGGCCCACGCAAGGUUCCGAAGUUGGUUGCGAUUAUCAUCCCAAUGCAGCUACUCACGCAGCCCAGGGGGUAGUCCUGACUUCGGCUAUCAGUACAGUAAUGGGGUGGUGA